AUGUUUGCAGCAGUUGCCUUCUACCCGUCACUGACGUACAAUAUUAUACGAAAUUAUUUACAACCUAAGAGAUGGCCAUGGUACAGUCGCAUUGAUGAGACCGUUCUUUUAGGAGCUUUGCCAUUUCAAAGCAUGACUAAAGAGUUUUUGAAAGAAAACGUCGGAGGUGUUGUUUGUUGUACAGAAGACUAUGAACUUCGUGCAGGUUGGAGAGUGAUGCGUGAAAGUGAUUGGACUAGCAGAUCAAUUGCUUUUCACAGGGUGCCCAUGAAGGAUUUUACGGGGACCACAUCGGUGGCUAAUAUACAUGGAGCAGUUGAGUUUAUAAAUAAAAUCGGCAAAACUGGAAAAUCAGUGUAUGUUGUUGUAUUAUAUGUUCAUUGCAAAGCGGGUCGCAGUAGAAGCGCUAUGAUAGUUCUUUGUUACGUGAUGCAUAAGAAGGACUGGAUGCCAAACGUCGCUUUUGAUUACUUAACAAUGAAGCGGUCGCAAGUUAUUUUUAGAACAGAACACUGGAAAAGUAUUAAUGAUUACAGACAAUUUUUAGAUUCUCAUAAGCAUUAA